CCGGGACCUGCACGGUGCGCAGGCGGUAGGCGCUGCCUGCGGUAAGUCCCCACGGAGAAAGGACCUCCAGCCGCCAUGGCGGACGAAAUCGAUUUCACCACUGGAGACGCCGGGGCCUCCAGCACCUACCCCAUGCAGUGCUCGGCCCUGCGCAAGAAUGGCUUCGUGGUGCUCAAGGGACGGCCGUGCAAGAUCGUGGAGAUGUCGACGUCCAAAACGGGGAAGCACGGCCACGCCAAGGUCCACCUUGUUGGAAUUGACAUUUUCACUGGCAAAAAAUACGAAGAUAUUUGCCCUUCUACUCACAACAUGGAUGUUCCAAAUAUUAAGAGAAAUGAUUAUCAACUGAUAUGCAUUCAGGAUGGCUACCUUUCCCUGCUGACGGAAACCGGAGAAGUGCGUGAGGAUCUUAAACUGCCAGAAGGUGAUCUGGGCAAAGAAAUAGAAGGAAAAUACAAUGCAGGUGAAGAUGUUCAGGUGUCCGUCAUGUGCGCCAUGAGUGAGGAAUACGCAGUAGCCAUCAAACCCUGCAAGUAAGGUCAGCAGCGUGGCCAGCCCCUCCAUCUGGGUCACUGCGGACCUAAAGUUUGGUUCUAAGUUGUCACCAAAGCUAUGAUCUUCAUAAGCAACCUCGUUUGUUUUGGUAAUUGUUUUGAAAUUGUGUUGGGUUACUUUUGCAGGCAAUUCGUAGUUUAAAAAAAUUAUUGAGAUGUAUAAUUUUAUUUUUCAGUUUUGUAGGUGGUUUUCCUAUAACAUUCGUGUGGUUUUCAGUAUGUGAGUCUAAGAAACAGACAGGAUAGCUUCAGCAAAUACGAUUUGUCUGAGCAAAUCAUUCCUGAAUUUUAGUUAAAUGAUAAAUAAACCAGGGUUUUGAAUCAGACAAUGUAGCAUAUUGUGGUAUUAAAGUACCACAUUUAAGUUGAACUUCUCUGCAUUAAUUUCAGAUUUAGUAUCAUAAAAUACGUAGAUGAUGGAUUGGAAUUGUCACAGUUCAGCUUGUGUGUGCCACGCUGAACUGUGACAAGGAUUUAAGUUAAAUCCUUAAACAAAAAUCAUGCUGUCACCACGUCAGUUAUCUCAAUGGCCAUGUGUACCCAUGUAUUACCUUGGUCACACUAUUAUUUGCCAAAUUGUUGGCAGACUCAACAGCACCUUCUGUGUGGUGUUGGUACCUUCCUUUGACAGCAGAGGGGUGAGGUGUGGGGUGAAGUAAGUGAGUCUGAUUACAGAGAAUACACAAAAGACAAUGGCAAGGGUGGGUGAAAGUCAGCUGGUUUUGUUUGAGGCUUUUAAAGUCAACAUGAAAAUGAAAAGUUGCUUUUCAGUUGUGUUUUUGCUUUUAACUCCUGUCCCCUACCCAUACCCCCAGCAUCACUCUACAGAGUAGUACACAGCACUUUUUCCCAGCCACGUUGGUAUUUAUCAGUAAGCAUUCCUUUCCAGCCAUUUUUAAUUAGAUAUUUUUUACAUUAAAAUAUUUGUUAGACAAAAACCAGCUUUGUUAACUUUCUGUACAUUUUUCUAAAGUGAAAUGAAAGUGAAUCAUGGAAGAAGUGUCACUUUACAUAUUGUUAUCUAACUUAUUUUAAGUAUAUGCAUUUUUUCUGAUUAUCAUGUGCCUGUUCAGUUAUUAGUAUGAAAUACAACUAGGAAAGAAUGCUAUCAACUGAAUUAUUUUAAAAGAUAUUUUAGGUGACACCACUGUAUUUCUGUUUAUUCUUUUGAGUCAUUUCCUGACUUGUAGACACUGCAGUGUUUGUGAGGACCUUUCACUAACAGUCAUCAUAUUGGAGUGAAGCUUAGAACGAAGUCACUAUCUAAGUAAUACCUUAGUUCUCUAAGACUGGUUCUGGACCCCUUCCUUCAUUCCUUGACCUCUAAAAGGCCUUUGUUUCAUUAACCUAGAGGAAAACAUAUAAGAUGAUGUAGCUGAUCUAAUCAGUCACUGGAAAUAGCAUCAGGAACAGAAGAUCCCAAAGUUUUAGUUGCAUUAUUUGUAUAGACUUUUAAAUCUUACCUUCGCUUCAGAAAACUCAAUAGGAGAAGCAGCAAGACACUCUAACAGAAAUACAAAGAGGAAACUUGUAAAGCACAGGAAAUACUGAGGUUGUGGCUAAUGGUUCUUAAUAUUAACAUGUUAGCUUUUGCCCAUCUAAAGCACAAUUAGGAAGUAGGCUCACUUCUCCCCAUGCGCUAUGUAAGUAUCCCCACAUGCUGCUCUAGUUUCUGGCACUCUGUAAUACAUAUCUUACUCCUUACUGGUUGGCAAUGUUACCCACAGGAAUUCCAGAACAUUAUUAAUCUGUUCCGUCAGCUGGUCACUCACAGGGCUCUGCUAACUGCACUGGUGUCCAGAUUGAGUAUUAGCUCUAGACUAGCAUGCCCUGUCCUCCAGAGUUUGUCAGACUUCACAUAAACACACUUUCAGCUGUGAUGGGGGUGGGAAGUAUAAUGUGUCUCUAUCUUCAUACCCUGAAUGGCAAAAGCUAUUUGUGCAUAUAUAUUUCAUUUAAGUAUGAUAUGAAGUGUAAAUAUUCUUCUGACAUAUAAGUAUAGAUUUUAAAGAUAUGGGACUGUUUAUUUUCACAUAUGACAAUAGGUGUUUCUCUGGAACAAAAUAGCUCAUUUAGUAAAGCUUUAUAAAUUAAGAGGAGGCAAGGAACAUAUUUUUUAACAUAGAACAGAAGUGACUUCAUUCUUUUUAGCAGAGAAAUGUUAGAAGUUGAUUCCUAGUAUUUCUUGUACUUUUUUGUAGCAAGUACUGAAUGUUACACAUGACCAUCCUAGACCGUGGGUGGUAACGUUGACAGAUUACACACGACAUGCCCUUUUGUCUGUACACAUUUCACCAGUUUAUAGUCAGACAGGUUAAAUAUUUGUUUCUUUCUAGAACAGCAUAUUUUAUUUGUACUGUGAAGACUCUGUUAAACCUUGUUUGGUACAGAACCGUACGCCUGCGGGCAAAGGCCGCCUUCUUGCUGCUUUGACUUUGCUGUUGCUUCAUAAAUGUGAUUAUGAGGUUUUUCUUUGUGGUCCCCUCCAAGGGCUGUCAGUCACUUGAAGAAAUUCCUUGAACCAAGCUCUUGUCCCUGUAACAAUGCUUUAUAUUAAUCACCAAAACUUGCCUGCAGUCAGAGCUUGACAGGAGAUGCUGCACUGAAAUGUUCAGGCCAUACAGUUGGGGGACGCAGCUUCUCAUCCCCACACAGCGUGAGCAUGUGCCAGUGCACACAUAGCUGUGUAUGUGCGUUCUUUUUCCAAAGUCCUUCCAACUCUUAAAAGUACUGUAGUCGGGUAGUGCCUCAAAUGUUGGUAACUGGUUUUAUUUUUAUUAAUUUACAACUUUUUCAGAACUUGUUUUUGUACUUUAAGGUUUCUCAAUUAGAUUAUUUCUAGUUGAGCUGUAAUUUGAAUGCAUUGUUCUCAGGGCUGUUUUGUGCUAAGAGCUGGAGUUUCAGUAUUUUAAAGCUAACUGCCUGAAAGCAUAUAGUAAAACUUUCCCACGUUGUAGUACCAUGAUGCAUACCUAUAAAAAAUUCUUAUCAACAUAGUUAAACUACAUACCAAGUGUUCAAGAAAAAGUGGAAGUAUUAGUAGCAUCUAUACUAGAAUCUUACCAUAUUUUUUCAUUCAAGAAUAGAAUUUGGUAGUCUCAUCUUGGACCCCCUGGUCCUUACAAUUUGAAGGAUAUUUGAAAAGCAUCCCUUUGAUGUGGACCUCCAAAAUAGUUUUAAAGCCAGAUGUUGAUGUAAUGUCUCCAACCUUAGAGACAGCAGAUAGAAAUUCACAAUGCCCUCUUGGGUACAUUCAAACAUUUGUAUAUUGAAUUCUGUAAUAUGAACUAGGAACAUAUUUACUGUGAGAAAAUGUGGCUCUUAAGCAGCACAAGAGCAGAAAUACAAGCAUAUUUCCAUAAGCAAAAUACUGUACUGAUCAGAAGUUUUAAUUUUCUAAUAUGAUUUAGGUAUAAUAUUUCACAGUUGUUAAACCUUUUUCUGCUAGCAUUCAGACAAAUAAUAGGCAAUAGAGAUUUAAGAAAAAUUUAUGGUAGAAAAAUCUUAAAAUAGAGAAAAUCUAAUCUGUUGACUUCAUUGAAUUGUUUUUCUCUAAAUUGCGUAUAAGGCAUCAUUAUUUGAUUUUAGCAGGGAACAUUUGUAUUUAGCUUACAGAACACAGAUGUUCUAUGGGAACAUGGCUCAAAGUCAGUGUAUAAUUUAAUGUUUUCCCGCUUAAUAAAUGUCUGGACACCAACUUAACUACCAAGUGAGGUCAAGUGCCUGAAAAGUUCUGUGUGCAUCCAAUAAGCGCGUUUUCUUUCUGUACCAGAUGCAUCUGGUGGCCGCCAGCCCCGGCUCCCACUGCUGGGCACGUGCUUGCUGCCGAGCUCUGCCGUCCACCACGCUCCCUUCUUAGAACAGGUAGAAUCUAUUUUACAAUUAAAAGGUUCUUUUAUUUAUACGAAGUCCCUAAAACUGUUUCUUGGUAUUAGUACACUUCAGUUUAUCUUGGCUCUAGAUUCUACUUUUUAAAAACUCUGGACUGUAAACUGUAUUCAACAAAGACUGGACAGCUUGUCAUAGCUAUAGUUGUGAUCUUUCCUGGAAGGAAUUCUUUGUUGUGGUUAAUAUCUGGUAUAAAUAAGCACUCUUGUGCUCCGUACAAAGUAGAGUACAGAUUACUAGUUCUGUACUGGUGUAAUGGAAAUGACCAGUUCUAUACUCUUUACCUCCUCCCCAAAAGGACAUUUUUGAAGCGGCAUUGUCUGACCCAGUGGCACUUUAUUAGCAAUAUGUUUUAUUUAUCUUAGGUGUAGGAGAACUCUUGCUUUUAGCGGCAGAGACUCAAAUGUUUUAGGUAAAACUUAAAAAAUUUAACAUGUAGUAUGAACAUAAUAAUUGUGCAUUUUACAUUUCAAAC